AUGCCGAUAUGCGAACAAUCAGCCGCCGUUCAGGUUCAACAAUGUUACGGUGGCGCUGAUGCGACUUGCGAGGCGAUUGGCGCUUUGGCAUACGAUUGUAUUUGUGAUUCCGACGAUUGCACCCUCAACAAUCCGAUCUCUUUCUGUUGUCCGUCAAGGGCUUUCGCCUGCAUUCAACCACCAAACGAGGGCCACACUCCACCAGGCGGUGGCACAACUCUCAACCAUUGGUAUCACGAUCCGAUCACUGGUAAACGCACUUUAUUG